AAAAAAAAGGAGUCGAAACAUUCGUGAAGAGAAAGCCAGAGUGACAGAAAGAAGGGGGUCGCGUUAACAAUGAGCUCCACGGGAGACGAGAUGCGCGCAUAGAGGAGCGGCACUGCGGUGCUAGGGGUGGGCGGGAAUCCACGCGGGAUCCGGAUCCAGCGGGCGAGCCGUGAAGCCACAGCAGAGUCCGCAGAAAAGCAGCAGUAUAGCACAACAGCCUCGAGCGACACCAGCCACCCGCAAUGGAGGAUCUGCGCGAGAUGGACUGUCCGGUGCUCAAGCGGCUCCUGAAGGAGGACGGCGCCCGGUGCCUGCUGCUCGACUGCCGCUCCUUUCUGGCCUUCAGCGCGGGGCACAUCCGCGGGGCCGUCAACGCCCGCUGCAACACCAUCGUGCGCCGCAGGGCCAAGGGCUCCGUGCUGAGCUUGGACCAGGUACUAGCCGGGGACGACGAGGUCCGGGCCCGCCUUCGCUCCGGGAUGUACUCGGCCGUAGUGCUGUACGACGAGAGGACCCCCGAUGCGGACGCGGUGAAGGACGACAGCACCUCCAGCCUGGUGCUCCACGCGCUAUGCGGGGACUCCACGGCCACGCACAUCUACUUUCUCAAAGGCGGCUAUGACAGGUUCUUUUCCGAAUACCCAGAGUUUUGUUUGAAGACAAAAUCCUUGCCUCCGCUAACAAGCCAGUCCAGCGUCGACUCGUCUUGUUCGUCCUGCGGCACGCCGCACCACGACCAGGGCGGCCCCGUGGAGAUCCUCCCAUUCCUCUACCUGGGUAGCGCCGUGCACGCCUCCAAAAAGGAAGUUUUGGAUGCAAUCGGCAUCUCGGCACUGCUCAACGUGUCAUCCGAUUGUCCCAACCACUUCGAGGGCGCCUACCAGUACAAAUGUAUCCCAGUGGAGGACAACCACAAAGAAGACAUCAGCUGCUGGUUUCUGGAGGCCAUCGAGUUCAUCGACUCCGUCCGGGAUUCGAGCGGUCGCGUCCUGGUCCACUGCCAGGCUGGCAUCUCCCGCUCAGCCACCAUCUGCCUGGCCUACUUGAUGAAGAGAAAGCGCGUGCGACUGGACGAAGCCUUCGAAUUCGUGCGGCGGCGGCGCUCAAUCAUCUCGCCCAACUUCAGCUUCAUGGGCCAGCUGCUACAGUUCGAGUCACAACUACUCGCCACCUCAUGCGCCGCCGAGGCCGCCGCAACAGCCAGCCCGCUGCUGGCUCCCAAGACGUCGUCGGGGGUGUCCUCGGCCGCUGCCACGCCCACUUCACCGUUUAUCUUUAACUUCCCGGUGUCAGUGGUCAACCCCGCUUACCUGCACCACAGCCCACUCACAACAUCGCCGGGCUGCUGAUGCUCCAAAUGCUUCCGGGCUCACAAACCAGCUUCUUCCAAUAAGUGACCAAAAAAAUACAACUCGACUAGCAACCAGGUUUGUGUGUAGGACUAGAAGUGACACACAAACCGAGGACACACCCUGACAAUACACUUAUGACUAACAAAAGAAAAUGCCCUUUGAAAAACUUCUGGGAAAUUUCCACGGAAGGUCUAGAAAAUAUUCAAUUUCCUUGGGAGUUACGGAUGUUCAAGGUCAUUCAGUGAAAAACUGUGCCGCUGCGGAUGAGUGGUUAGCACAUCUGGCUCACAGUUCUCAGGGUUGGGGAUUUGAAUCUGUGUUCUAGCCUUUUUGCAUUGUUUGCAUUUUUGCCCUAUACUUCAGCUUCCCACAUUCGGAAUACGAGGUUAAUUGAAGACUCAUCAUGAGUACUUCUUCACAAAAUUGGUGUUUUUAAUAACUCCUUGGCUGCCAUUGACUAAGAUGGCUAGCAAUGAAUUAUCACUGCCAUCACGCCCAAAAAAAUGACAGAAACAAACAUAGAAGAGGGAAAACUGACAAACAGGAGUAUAAAUAGAAAUGAAAAAGGAAAUGACUGCUUUUUGUUAAAGGGGCAACUUAAUGGGCUCUAUGAUUGACCCCUGAGGAAUACCACGAACAAAUUCUGACUUUAAGGGUCAUAUAAUCACAAUAAAAAAAAAAAAAAAAUUUUUUUUUAAAAAAACAUUUUUUUUUUUCUUAUUCUAUUUAUGCCCUGCCAAUGAUUGGUUACCAAUGCUCGAUUAUACCCUGCCUCUCACCCAAAGUCAACUGGGACAGGCACCGGACAGGAAAAUGUUGACUAAAAUGACGGCUCACACAUCGUAUUCCAAUAAAAUCCUGUCAAUUCCCAUAGCAAGUUCCCAAAUUAAAAAAAAAAAAAAAAAUCCUUGCAAAUGUUGCAGCUCUAGUUGCCAUGGAGACAACAGCUCUUUAAGCUGAGGAGAUGGACGCAGGAAGGAAGCAGGAAUUUUAAACACCUGCUCCUUCCUCCUUUGGCGUUCCUCCUGCUGCCUCACAAAAGAUGUGGAUGUGUGGGGAUGGGAGGACUGUGGUGGGGGGCAAUAGAAAGCAGGCCCUCCUCAGUGACAGGUGCUCUGUUGCCAGGCUGACCGGAGUUUCCUGUCCAUCCUCUUCCUCACACACAAACAGGCCUUCCUCUCUCAUCCCCUUUCAUGUUCCUCCUCUUAAUCGCUUCUUCGCCACUGCCUCUUCCUCUCGGAUGUUCCGUGACCAAGUGGCACGAGGCCAAGAAAGACUCUUGCUUUUAACAUGGAACACAGCGACACAUUGGCGACAAUAGACGUCCAAUCAUUUUGAAAUUGGAGAAUGGAUGUCUACUGUUGAAAAACUAAUUUAAAUUCACAGCAGACGGUUAAAAAGAGCCACGAUUCGAUAUCUAUCAUCCUCAAUGGCACUGAACAGUUAAGUGAUGCUGCCACGAAAAUUCAUGGGAAACCCCAAAAGAGCACAAUAAUCGUGAAUAGACAGUUUUUUUUUUUUUCUUUUAAAUUAGGAAGGCCUGUUAUUUGGAAAUCAUUCCUUGCAAUACUGAACGUGCAACCCCUUCAAAACGGCAACAAUAGAAGUAAUGGUUCAGUUCAGUCAUGGCACAAUGGUGUCUUCUUAGACUCAACUAUACACUUUAAACCUGCUUCAUACUCCUACUACACACACACAAAGGGUGGCAAAAUACAUUUUUCUUGUUUUUCAAAGACUGUCAACUUUCUGUAGCACUUUGAAGUGAUGCAAUACUGUAUUUGUAAUUGGUGGUUGAUCUGCUCAACAUGGUUGCUGUAGACGGACUUUUUUUGUGUCUUAAUAUGGAAGGAGAGAUGGAGAGCGAGUCAAUCAGUCGAGAAAAAAAAACUGCAAUACUUUUGUCUGUGUGAGUUCAUCUCCUUCGACACGCUGUCUGCUCAAUGCAGUUGACCCAUAAUAUGGCAAUAGCAAACCUUCACUGAUACAUGUGUAUAUAUAUUACAUUUUAAAAAUCAACUUCCCCUCAAUUUUAUUGUGUAGAUUGAAUGAAAUGUGCAUUUAUUUAUUACGGAAGAACCACUGUUGAAUAAAAAUUGUUCUUAAAUAAA